UACGCAUAGAGAUGUUGAAUAUUUCUGGGUAUCCUGUCUCUUCUGCACGUCCCGCCUUUCAAUUCUCGAAUAUCUCAAAGCCCCUCGGGUAUCGGUAACAAGAUGAACGCGACCUACAGCAGCAAUAGCGAUAACGAGAGCGAAGAUGGGUGGAAGCUGGCCAUUGCUCGAAAUAUGGACCUUGGGAGCCGAAGUGAAUACGAGGACGACGAGGACGCCUACGACGUGGCAAUCCAGUUAGGAAAGGCUGGUGAAAAGGGCAGCGGAUACCACACCAAAAACGAUCCCUCUGCGCCGUAUCAACGUCAGACGGUGAUAGAGCGUCGUGGCAUCAUGGAGAUCCGAUGUAGGUCGCUUGCGGUCAUACACGGAGGGCUACAACCUGGGUCAGACAAACAGGCCACACUGCUGGUCUACGAUGUCAGCCUCGAUACAGUGAGGAAGUCACGACGAAUCACCUGGGUCCAGAUCGAGUUUAAGUUUGCGAGCAGCGAGGGCGGCCGGUCGCCCGAGGUGUUCUCGAUAGCACCAGCGGGGCGCGUGGGCCUCUUGCCUUCCAGUCAAGACGAGUCGGUACGGAAGCUGGGCAGCGUGACGGCCGGGGCAUCGGAGCUGUUUGGUAACGUCGGGGCAACACUUGAGUGGGAGAAAACAGUCAGCCGAACAAGCAGUGACUCUGCACGGGUGGUGGGCAACACGCUAUGUGACGACCUUGGCCGGCAGGUGGGAGCCAGCUGGAUCCUUGAGGAGAACAAGGCCAUCAAGUCGGGAGUGCCGAGUCUCCUUCGGUGCGCCAUGGUCGUCAGCCGGACCAACAACGGGCAGUUCGAGUGCGAUGUGACCAUCCGGGCCAAGGCUGACUGGAAGACCGAGCUGGGGCGUCUGGUGGCCUUGAAGACGCCGGGCGAUGAUCCGAUUCUGUUUGACCCCGACGCGGCCCCGACCAACCGGCUGAGCAGAGAAAGCUUCUACGAUGUCAAUAACCUUGCGUCCACUGACGUGAAUGACCUCGUGGAUAUCCGGUAUCAGACGUUGUUCAGCCCGUGACAACAGAAUGGCUAGACGGGAGACUGUGAAUGCAGCGUGGGCCGGUAAUCGGAGGAACGGUAAAUGAGUCUUGUACAAUCAUGUCCACUGGAUGAAGGGGAAGAGGAGAAGUUGGAGAUUCCGAUUCUCGUUGCAUUGGGGGCGGUACACACUGCAAAAUGUUAGGUAGGUUACGAAGAGAAAUUCAUGGGUGAGAAAUGAGUCAACAGAAGACUCGGGUGGGUAACGGCUUUCCAACGAUAAACAAACGGCAUCAGGAGGGUGAAGGGGGGAAGGAUUCGGCCGGGUAUUGGAUGGAUGAUAGUUGGCUCCUG